AUGGCUUUUCGUCGCGUGUCGAAUCAGCAAAGCUCAUCUUUCCACCAAAUCCACCUCUCGCACCGGGCCUUCUACUUCCUCCUCAUCUUGAACCUCAUCGCCGCAACCUCUGCAGCUCUCCUCUCGCUCCCCAUGGUGACUUUUGAGUCUCCCGCGUCUCCCGCCGUCCGCUCCUGCCCAGCAUCCCACCUGCGAUCCGCAACUCAAGCGCCCAACGAGCCGCAGAUGCAGCCGCACGGGGCGCCUAUCGAAGCACAGGUGGAGUUGUUUGACGGAAACGAAAACGGGACGGGCAUCGAUAACCCCGCGACUCGCAACCCGACGCUAUCUUCGUUUCAUGUCUUUCGCGCCCCGUUCGCCGUGUCGCUCAUUGAAAUCCCCGAAACACACGUUCCUGAAAUCCGGAAUCUUGAUCUGGGAGACGCGUCAGACUGUACGGAUGCUGACGCGGGAGAAAGCGCAAGGCUGGAAGACGCGAUAAGAGCAGACGCACUAUAUCUUGAAGAAGCAGCAGUGAAAAGCAGGAAAGGUAUGGCCCCUGCAAAGAAGAGGAACCACCUUCUGGCGGAAACGAAAAGCGACGAGGGGAAGGAGGUAAAAAAAGACGGAGUGGAGGAGGAGGAGGCGGAGGAGGAGGAGGAGGAGGAGGAGGGGGACAGCGGGGAGGUUUUGGUCCCGCUGCACGUGUUUCGAGCAGCUGACGGUUCGUUGCAGGAGGAACCUGAAACAAGCGACGCCGACCUGAGGGUGUUAGGCAGUCUAGACGCGCUGUACUUCGAGGACGUGGCUGUGCGGACACGUGCCGCACACGCGCAGCCACGUGCACCACUGGUUGGGCCACGCAUAUUGUUUCCAGGAGGAGCAUCAGAAAAGCGGGACCAAGAAGUUGGUUUCUUCAGGUCGUUUCAUGUUUUUCGGGCAGAAAACGGCUCGCUGGUGGAACUGACAGAACGCGAAGCUGUUCUGACGUCGGCGGACGGAGUCCUUGCACCACUGACGGGAGUAAACGGGAAUUCUUUGGCGGGGUUUGACGGAAAUUCGUCAGCAGAGCUCGUCCGCGUGCACCAGCAAGAGCUUCCAGUCCGUUUCCGUCCGUCAACUCCCUCCACUUCUUUGACGAAGAUUAGACGGAGAUUGAGAUUGUCUAACGACAAACGGAUUGAGAUAGUCUACGAAAGUGCAGGGAGCCAGAGGGUAGAAGAAGAGACAGGGGAGGAAGACGAGGAAGAUGAGGAGCAAGAGCACGUGGGACCCGUGCACGUAUUCUGGGGAGAAGAUGGGGCUGUAUACGAAGGGGAAGAAGAUAUCACUACUAGCCGUUUGACACGAUACGAUGGUGGAAGUGACUACAAUGUUGAGGUGGCAGGCUUGGGAAAUGCGGACCGGAGAGGGGCAGCGGUCGAUGAGGCGGUUGAUGCGGCGGCGGAAGCGGAGCUGGAAUAUGAGUUGGCAUUCGCGGUGCGAACGAGGAAGGCAAUGGCGAUUGGCGGUGGAGAGGGCUAG